UGCUUCACUGCAUUGUUUCUUCACUCUCAAUUGAUCUUCUUCCAUUCCGUUUUGGCAUUGCACUCAAAUCGCUCCUUCAGCGCAAUGGCAGAAACGUCUCAGGUAUCUGAAUCCAAACCGGAACUGAAAAAAGGUACGGAUCCGAAGACAUUGACAGUCAGAGCGAGCUCGAUCCGAUUGAAUGAGGCAGGCAAACCAGAAUCUACCUCCUACAUUGCUCGUCCGGAGGUGCUUAAAGAAGAAGGCAACCGAACUUCGACGAUCAGACGGUUGAGUGAUUUGAAAAGCGACGACGACGAUAAUGCAGCCUCUCCUCGUAAUAGUCAAGAAAGUACCCAGCCACAAAACAAUGCUGUGCUUGAGUUGAUCAAUAGUGUCACCGGUGCUGAUGAGGAGGGCCGGUCCCGUCAAAGGGUUCUUGUAUAUGCUGCCAGAAGGUAUGCUAAUGCACUAGAGAGAAACCCAGAAGAUUAUGAUGCUCUCUAUAAUUGGGCAUUGGUUCUUCAGGAAAGUGCAGACAAUGUUAGUCCAGAUUCUACUACACCUUCUAAAGAUUCUUUGCUAGAGGAGGCCUGUAACAAGUAUGAGGAGGCAACUCGUCUUUGCCCUACAUUUCAUGAUGCUUUCUACAACUGGGCAAUAGCAAUAUCUGAUCGAGCAAAAAUGCGUGGUCGGACCAAGCAGGCUGAAGAACUAUGGCAGCAGGCAACAAAAAACUAUGAAAAAGCUGUCAAACUCAACUGGAACAGCCCCCAGGCGCUAAACAAUUGGGGACUUGCUCUUCAGGAACUCAGUACCAUUGUUCCCGCACGAGAGAAGCAAAAAAUUGUGAGGGCUGCAAUUAGUAAGUUUCGCGCUGCAAUACAGCUGCAAUUCGAUUUCCAUCGAGCUAUAUACAACCUUGGAACUGUUUUGUAUGGACUAGCUGAGGAUACCACCGGAACUGGAGGCUCAACAAAUCCAAAAGAGGUUUCCUCAAAUGAACUGUAUAGCCAAUCUGCUAUCUAUAUAACAGCUGCUCAUGCGUUGAAACAGAAUUACUCAGUUUACAGCAGUGCCUUGAAACUUGUUCGUUCAAUGCUACCGUUGCCCCAUCUUAAAGAUGGGUAUCUGACUGCACCACCAAUUGGAAACACAACUGCACCUCACUGUGAUUGGAAGAGAACAGAGUUCUUUCUGGAUCACGAAGCACUUCAACAGGCCACCAAAGUGGAGGAGAAACAAGUUUCCCGAAGCCUCUCCGGAAGAAUUGCAGAAGUAGUAAAUGAAGAGAAAACGAGUAUCAGAAUUGAGAUUCCAGAUAUUGUGUCUGUAUCAGCAUGUGCUGAUCUGACUCUACCACCAGGAGCAGGCCUCUGCAUUGAUACUACUAUGGGUCCAGUUUUCCUGGUUGCCGACUCGUGGGAAUCUCUAGGGGGGUGGCUUGAUGCCAUACGCUUAGUUUACACAAUUUAUGCACGAGGUAAGACCGAUGUUCUUGCCGGAAUCAUUUCAUGUUAA